AGUAAGCACGCGAUAAGAGCUAGCUAGAUCAGUUAGUUGUUAGUUGAAGAAUAAGCAUUAAAUUGAGAUAAGUUUUUCGAAGAAGUAUUUAAUCUCGGUGAAUAUUAAAUUAAUUUAGAAAUAUCUCCUAUCAUUGAAAUAAAUAAAUAAACCGGAAGUGUCAAAACUGUUCCAAAACUUUCAUCUUUGUGGCCAGCACCAGUAGUAUCAUUUUAGGACAUGAAAUUGCUCCCAUACAUCGACUUGUUUCUCCACUAUCCUAAACAUGCAAACGCUUCUAUCCUUGACCAAUUUACUCGCCAGCUAACAACCCUCUCUUUCCUGCCAAGUAAACCAACUAAUUUAAAUGUUCUAUGCACUAAAGGCCAACUGCAAGAGGCACUACUAGAAAUGGCAAUUCAAGGUCCUGAAAUUAAGUUUGAUGGGUACAAUAUGCUACUAAACGAGUGUGUCAAUAAAAGGGCUGUUAGAGAAGGCCAAAGGGUACAUGCCCACAUGAUCAAAACAUGUUAUUUACCACCUGUGUAUUUAAGUACUAGGUUGAUUGUCUUGUACACGAAGUGUGAGCGUUUGGGUUGUGCAAGACAUGUGUUUGAUGAAAUGCGUGAGAGAAAUGUUGUUUCUUGGACUUCAAUGAUUUCGGGUUAUUCUCAAAGAGGGUUUGCAUCUGAGGCAUUGCAUCUUUUUGUACAGAUGUUAAGAUCAGAUACGGAGCCAAAUGAGUUCACUUUCGCUACUGUGCUCUCCUCUUGUACAGGUGUUUCAGGGUUAGAGCUGGGAAGGCAAAUUCAUUCUCUCAUAUUCAAGAGAAACUAUGAAAACCAUAUAUUUGUUGGGAGCUCACUUCUUGACAUGUAUGCCAAGGCUGGUAGAAUCCAUGAAGCUCGAGGAGUUUUUGAAUGCUUGCCUGAAAGAGAUGUUGUCUCCUGUACUGCAAUAAUCUCAGGCUAUGCUCAGUUAGGCCUUGAUGAAGAGGCAUUAGGACUAUUCUGCCGGUUACAAAGGGAAGGAAUGAGUUCAAAUUAUGUUACCUAUGCCAGUUUGUUGACUGCACUGUCUGGGCUUGCUGCUUUGGAUCAUGGCAAACAAGUUCACAGCCAUGUGCUCAGAUGUGAAUUGCCCUUUUAUGUAGUUCUCCAGAAUUCACUGAUUGAUAUGUACUCAAAAUGUGGAAACCUUAAUUACGCAAGAAAGAUCUUUAAUAACAUGCCUGUUAGAACUGUUAUUUCAUGGAAUGCAAUGCUUGUGGGGUAUGGUAAGCAUGGUAAGGGGUUAGAGGUGGUUAAACUUUUCAAAUUAAUGAGAGAAGAAAAUAAAGUCAAACCUGACAGAGUCACUUUUCUGGCUGUUCUAUCUGGCUGCAGCCAUGGAGGAUUGGAAGAUGAAGGGCUGGAAAUGUUUGAUGAGAUGAUGAAUGGGGGUGAUGGGAUAGAAGCAGGGAUUGAGCAUUAUGGGUGUGUCAUUGACUUGCUUGGACGUGCUGGCCGAUUAGAAGAGGCUUUUGCAUUGAUCAAAAAGAUGCCUUUCGAACCAACCGCUGCUAUUUGGGGUUCACUUUUAGGAGCUUGCAGAGUUCAUUCAAAUACUAAUAUUGGUGAAUUUGUAGGUUGUCGUCUUUUGGAAAUAGAGCCUGAAAAUGCAGGGAAUUAUGUCAUUCUCUCUAAUUUAUAUGCCUCUGCAGGGAGGUGGGAAGAUGUGAGAAAUGUAAGGAAAUUGAUGAUGGAGAAAGCUGUGAUAAAGGAGCCUGGAAGAAGCUGGAUUGAACUUGACCAAACCAUUCAUACCUUUUACGCAAGUGAUCGGUCCCAUCCUAGGAGAGAAGAGGUAUUUUUGAAGGCAAGGGAAUUAUUGGUGAAAUUCAAGGAAUCUGGCUAUGUUCCUGACCAGAGUUGUGUUUUAUACGAUGUGGAUGAAGAGCAAAAGGAGAAAAUACUUCUAGGCCAUAGUGAGAAGCUGGCUUUGGCUUUUGGAUUAAUUUCUACUUCUGAGGGAGUCCCGCUCCGAGUAAUAAAAAACCUCCGGAUUUGUGUUGAUUGUCACAAUUUUGCCAAAUUUGUAUCGAAGGUUUACGGAAGACAAGUGUCUAUAAGGGAUAAAAACCGGUUCCACCAUGUUGCUGGGGGAAUUUGUUCUUGUGGCGACUAUUGGUGAGUUUUGAUGAUUUUUUAACAGGAUAUGUGUUGGUUACUACUGCUGCUGGAGACUCUGGGAAGGUUAUUCAAAAAACAACCCGCGCAACACCGUCGCGGUUGUUUACCAGCUCUAUUUUAUUUGAUUCACCCAGCUAUCCAAGCCCAGAAAGAUCAGUUACAGGGAGGUAGACUGAUUAUGAGAUUCAUCUGUCUAAAAGCUUUGCAUGAUGGCUUGCUUCACAGUCACAGGUAUUUCCUUCCUGUUCAGAGAUUGCCUUCAACUGCUUGAGAACUUCAGAUAUAAAGGACUAGACAAGCUUGAAGAAUUUAACAUCUUACAGAGAGAUAUAAAGAUAAAGAAUCCCUUUUUAUAGGUGGUGGAGCAAUCAUUCAUAACCAGGUUUUAAAUUAGAGAAUGGACGGUUCUUACCCAGAAUAGAUGAAAGUUGAUGGGAGGAUGUUCAUGUCUAAACAACACUUUCACCAUAGAAAACUUUUGAAUAUUUGCAGUUUGCUUUGCCCCUCACGCCUGCAUUUUGCACCAUCAUAUGGAUCCUACUUCUCUUAUCUGAUGUAUCAUUCAUUUAAAUAUUCUUGUAUUCAUUUUCAAUGUAACUAGCAUACAAAGAA